GGUAAAACGGCGCAAAUAUUUGAAUCGUAGAUGCACAAAUUAGCUAGAAAGGAUGGUAAAACGGCGCAAAUAUUUGAAAAAAAAAGUUGCCGGUAUUCUGCAGCACCCCUGCCAUAUUCCCUGCUCUCGCCAUAACUUCCCUGCUCCUCGUCGAUCCAUCUAACUUCUCCGUCUCCGAUUUAUUACGCCAUGGCAGCUGCUAAACUGCUGCUAGCUUGCUUGGGCGCCAUUGAUUGCUGCCACUGCCCACUUCCCACUGCCCGUCACCUGUCCCUCUCCUCCACUCCCCCUUUAAAACCCCCCGCCACCGCCCUCACCUCAGACACCUCCAAGUUGACGAGCUAGCUAGCUAGUGGCGGCGGCCAGCAAUGGCGGCCAAGUGGUGGCUCACCGCCUCCCUGCUGCUCUGCCUCGCCGCGGCCGCGGCGGCGGCGAGAGGGACGCCCCGCGGCGACUGCGACGACACCGCCACCUUCGCGUCCGCCGUCGCGGGCGGCGGCGGCGACGACGACGACAGCGCCACCGCCCGCGCCCGCGCCGGCGCCGUGGAGGAGGCCAAGACCGCCGACGUGUUCGGCGGCCGGACCGGCGGCGGCGGGCUCUUCGGCGGCGUCCGCGGGCCCCUGGGCGGGGGCGUCGCGGGGUUCGGCCCGUUCGGCGGGGCCGUCGCCGGCGCCGGCCCGUUCGGCGGGUUCGGUGGAGGCGGCGGCGGCGGCGGCCCGUAAGGUGGGUGGCUAGAGUUGCAACGUCGUGCCUACGUGGCUACGUUACGUGUGUGUGCGUGUAAUAAUAAGGUGCACGUACGCGUGUGCCACCCAGAACUCGUAAUCCUGUCUCGUGACUGGGGGCGUACGUCACGUAUGUAUUCGCGUAUGUGUGUGCAUCGGCGUACACGUGUCAAAGAUCCAGAGCGCGUGUGCGCGUGUGUAUGUGUGGAGGUGUGUUGAUCCAUCGGUGAGUCGAGUCGUGCCUUGAUCAUGUGUUUGGACUUGUAUCUUGUACCCUCUGAUGGUUUGCUGAGCUUCCAGCCACUGUC